AUGGGGUCGGGAGGAAAGGUGACCUUGAGGGCGACUAGUCGGUCGAGACCGACGGCCCUGUGGUGCAGUUGGGGAAAGAUUAAACGGCUAUGGCUUUCCAGGGGCAUCGUGGCGCCGUGGCUGGAUGCAUGCAGGGCUGAGAUUGCAUCAAAGGAUCUAGCGCAGGCGCCGGCCCCUGCGCCAUCUUUGGACAGACUUGGGAAAUCGUCCGAUGCAUCCCCUUUGCUUGGCUCCGCCGUCUUAUGA